CUUUUGUGUGAAGUCGCAUUAUAUAGAAAAUCAAAACCCCAAUGAUUCAUUUCGACCUUCGUUCACAAGAAAAAAAAUUCACCUAAAAUUGCUCCUCCAUUUCUCACAAAGCUUACAACACAAUUAUUUUUCCAUUUUUAUCUGCACGAAACUGAUUGAAUUUGAGCUUCCUGAUCCCAAGGACUGUGCGACGAUGGCGGUCAGAACUGUGAAAGUGAGCAAUGUGUCACUGGGUGCUACAGAGCAGGACAUUCAGGAGUUCUUUUCAUUCUCCGGGAUAAUCGAAUAUGUCGAAAUAAAGAGUGAGAGUGAGCGGUCUCAAACGGCAUUCGUCACUUUCAAGGAACCUCAGGGAGCCGAAACUGCUGUUCUUCUUACGGGAGCCACUAUAGUUGACCAGGCAGUCAACAUUGCUCUCGAACCAGAUUAUGUGUUGCCGCAUGCAGCAUCUGUCCCAUACUAUGCAUCAGAUGACAAGAACACUGGCAGCACUGCCUCGUCAGCCGUUCAAAAAGCUGAGGAUGUGGUGAGCAGCAUGCUGGCAAAGGGCUUCAUCUUAGGAAAAGAUGCCGUAAACAAAGCCAAAGCCUUUGACGAGAAGCACCAAGUCAUAUCUACCGCCACAGCCAAAGUGGCCUCGUUGGACCAAAAGAUCGGUUUGAGUGAGAAAAUCACAAUUGGUGCUUCAAUAGUCAACGACAAAGUCAAGGAAGUUGACCAGAAGUUCCAAGUCUCUGAAAAGACGAAAUCGGCCUUUGCAGCAGCUGAGCAGACCGUGAGCACGGCUGGCUCGGCCAUUAUGAAAAACCGAUAUGUCUUGACCGGUGCUUCGUGGGUUACCGGAGCUUUUAACCGAGUUACUAAGGCUGCUGGGGAGGUUAGCCAGAGGACGAUGGAGAAAAUGGCCGAGGGCGAACAUGGAAAAUCUUCGUCCGAGGGUUAUGCUGAGAUUCAGACGUCGUCUGGAUCGCCAAAGGCAGGCACGGGUGAUAAGAAACCUCCUUCUCCAAAGGGAUUGGUUCUCUGAGUGUGUGUGUGUGUGUGUGUGUUUGUGCGCGCAUUCUUACAUGUGUUCUGUUGUGUGAGGCUGUNUUGUUUGAAGGUUUGGUGAUUGGGUCUCAAUAAGAGGUAGGAAUUUAUUUUGGGAUGUUUGGUUGAGAUUUGUGUUGUCUUGAUGUAGGAUUUUUAUUUUAU